AUGAUGGCAUCUCAGCAGCUCUGUUUGAGGCUAUUGGGGGCAGCUGCAUUGCUGACUUUAUUUGCUCCUCGAGAUGUAUCCAGUGAUGGAAGCAGCUUGCACAAGAUCUUAAGGAGAAGAGAUGUGGCAGGGGCUGGUACUGCCUCCUCAAAAUCCUCCAUCGCUGUCCCUCCGUCCAAGGCUCAGGAGUUCCUGGCAAAGCUGAGCAGGACCAAAAGGAACAUUUGGGAUCGCAGCAGACCAGAUGUACAGCAGUGGAUUAUGCAGUUUAUGUACAUGGGCUAUGAUGAACAGAGGCUGGAGGCUGACUUAUCAUACUGGAUGGACCACGCGCGCUCCAAUGACCAAGGGCGUCAGCAUCACUAUGAUGAAAACUCCCCGAUUGCACCACGUGACACUUCGUCGUACAGACAUGGGGCUAAUGUCAACUAUGACUAUUAUUAACUCCAGUCUCACACACUUGUUUCUUCUUGAGCCUCCUGUCUUCUUUUUGAGAGCACACAGCCAGUGAUAGUCUGUAGUUUUACACCUCUCACACAGCUGUCAACAUCCAAGUACUCCACAGCUGCUCCAGCUUCUUUGUCUUGAUUGGUUAGACCCUGGGGUAUAACCCUUGCACACCUCCUUUGCUCCAUCCUUACAUACUGGUUAGAAAACACGUGUUUUUGCUCUCAUUAAAACAUUGCCUCUGCUCUACAAGUAAAGCUGUGAGGCAGCUGAUUUGUAUGAAAUAAUUAUAUUCUUGUCUUAUCACUUGACAAAAUAAAGAUACUUGGCUCCAUAUUGCCUGAGUCCCCUGCUUUUGUAGAAAUGUGUCACAUACACACACAUGUCUUCUUCCCUAAUUUUAUCAUACACAAAAUAUUGGAAAUAUUUUAUUAAAAUAGUAUCUUCACCUGAAAUUGAUAAUGCACAUCCUGACAUGAGAUUUCACAAAUAGAACACAAUGCAGGUAAUGACUGAUUAUCUUUGUGGAGGAUUAAUCCACUUCUUCAGUGUGCUGCAUCAACAGCCAACAGGUUGCUGACAAGCCACUGAUAAGAGGACAAAACAUCCAAUGGAAAAACAAAGUCAGGUAGUUCAUCUACAGAGAAAAAGUACCAUGAAACUAUUAAAAUAAACACAAAGCACUGUACGAGCUGUUUGCAAGAUUCUCAUGUCUGCAAUUUAAAUAGCAAAAGCAUAAAUCCA